ACUAAACCAAAAAAAAAUGGCGUUCAAGAAAACAUUACCCCAACGUAUUUUUAGUGCAUACAAAUUUAGUGCUCCAUCUCUAACAACAUGCCGUAUUGCUUCAUCAACCUUGGUGGAGGCAAAAUCUUUUAGUUAUGAUAAAAUUACAACGACCUCGGAUCCCCGGCGAUUCCUUCACCAAUCAUUGGCAUCCUCGCUGGAGAUCCAAAGGUCACUAAUCCCCACGGGAGAAAAACUCCGCGAGAUAUUACAUGAGAUGGACGUUAUUACAAGAGAUAGGAUGAGAUUAAUUAAUGGAACACUCUUGCCUCCACGGACCCCACCGAGACCGGAGUCUGUAGAGGAUGCGAGAAAGAUUUUAAGAUUGACACAACUUGAGACGUUGAAAUCGAGGAUAAAGAAAAUCGAAAAGAGUUGGAUUUUGUUUGCUGAAUUUAUUGAAAUUUGUAAGGAAACAUGUUUGGAUAAUGAUCAAGGCAUGGAAUUUGCUAAGAAGCUUGACGAUUCGGGUGAUGUUAUUGUUUUGGGAAACGUUGUUUUUCUCCGGCCUAAUCAGGUGGUUCAAGCCAUGCAAGAACUAAUGCCAAUGCACAACCCAAAUCAUGAGAAAGAAAGAAUGAAGGAGCUUGAAGAAAUGGAGGAGGAAAAAACAUCAAUUGACAAGAAGGCAGAAUUAUUAGUACGUAAAGAAAUGUGGUUUGGACUUGGAUGUUUGGUAAUUCAGACAACAGCUUUCAUGAGGUUCACUUUUUGGGACUUAACAUGGGAUGUUAUGGAACCAAUUUGUUUCUACCUCACAUCAGCAUAUUUCAUGGCUACUUAUUUUUUCUUUCUUAAGACAUCCAAAGAGCCUUCUUUUCAAGGCUUCUUCCAGGCACGUUUUAGUACAAAGCAAAAACGACUUAUGAAACUUCAUAAUUUCGAUCUUCAGAGGUAUAAUGAGCUCCGGAGAGCUCACUAUCCUCAAUCAUCGAUUGCCAAUUAAUUGGUAAUGAAGGUACCUGAAUCUCUUAUGAGGUAGGGAUGGAAAUUAAAAUAGAAGAUGGAAGGAAGAUACUUCAAUGUUUUACGAAAAAUAUAUGU